AUGUCGGGCAUCAGCCCCGAGACAGCCUCUGCCAGCACCGCCCCUGUGCGCUCAGCAGCCACAGCAGCAGGAGGAGAUGGGAACUCAAGUCUCUGCAGCGGACCUUCCCCAUCAGAGCCGGGGAGAGGGCGAGGCCCUUCAACGCCUCCGCCUCUGGGUAGGCAGCAGCCGAGGUGGACCCCCCGUAUAGCCCAGGCGCAGGCUCAGCAGUCACAGGGGUCUACAACUGGCCUUCCAGCAGGGAAACCAGCAGUUUGUUCUGGAAACCAUGGAGGCACUGGCGAUAAUAAGUCCGCCAGAGGGGUGCGGGAGGUACCCAAGUCCUUUGAUGCUACUAAAAGGGACAUAAGAGAUAGCCUAGACGUGCAGAGCGACUCCUCGCUUGCUUAUGCUGAAUACCCCGCCAUGGAUCUUGUACAGAGCGAGGCUGAGCAGCCGCGCAAAAGGCAGAAGUGGCGCUGCUGCCCUCUCAAAGCUUUAGAUCAAAUUUCACAAGCCACAGACCGUAUUCUGGUGCUUCUGUGGCGCGCGCUUACAUUCCGCCUUCGAUAUCCCAUCAUGAGUCUCAUAGGCGUUUUGGCUCCAGUGAUAUUGGUGGUGUCGGCCUGUACCAUUCUUUCUCACUACCAGGACUCAGGGGUGGAGUUCGUGCCUGCCAACAUGUCGAAGAAAAUCUACAUGAACUGCAACUUUGCUGAUUAUAGGAACAUGAUGGCCGACUUGGAAAAAAACAGCAGCUUGUGCAACUUCCCGACCAACAUGAUGCCGCCAUUUGGUAGACGUUAUGACGGCCUUCGUCUAAUGUACCUCCCAGCGGUACUGUACUACGGCGGCUAUAUGGCCUUCGUGGAUAAGUCAGGCAACGACUGCCAGCAGCUUCGCCAAUUUAUGGAGAAGUUCGUAAGGACAGUAAACCCUUAUCUCAUGGACAGGACGAGCGAGUCUGAUUUGUUCAUUUCGUUUCCUUCGGAGAAGGCGCUGGACAAGUAUAGACGGUCUUCUGCUGCUGAACGAAAGCGACCCAUAUAUGCCGCUUUCGUCUGCAGAGCUGCAGCCCCGGGACAGCUGGAUGUCACUAUCCGGAUGCACGUGCGCCGGGGAACACCCCGGUCGUUCAAAAAUGACACAGUGAAGCUUCUGAAGCAGCACUACACGCAUUACAACUCCACGACCUACUUUGGUGGAACUAACUUCUUGCUCCAGGCAGAUGUAGUGGGCACAGCAGCAGAAGGCCAGCCCUAUGGCCAUCUUACUGGAGGUUUUCUGGACCUCUUGACUCUCGCCCAUGUAUUCAACCUACAGCGAACUGGAGUCCGCGAGAUCCACACUGGCUCGCCUGGGUUUCAAGCUCAAUGGUACCGCACGUCGCAAGCCUUCUUUCAAGUAUUUGACUACUUCGGCCGUAUUCCCAUUCUGGACAGUGUCGCAUUCUCAUCAAACAACCCCGAUCUGUUGAGCUUCUUUGUCGGCGAAGCCGAGCGCCAUCUCUCUGAAAUGAUGGCGCUUGUCCUCUGCAUUUCAUUUUCCAGCAUGCAGGAUUCUUCAAACGACGUGUCACAAGCGUAUCGGCAUCUGCUUCCUACGUGGCUGCUGGGCCCUGGCUACGGCGUGGUUCGUUUGUUUACGAGACGAGCAGUGAAAGAUGGAUGCGAUCCUGCUACUUCCUCGAUGCAGUUGCUCCAGAGGCUCUUCUACACCCGCACCCAAAGAAUGGGAGUGGGUUUGGUUGUCGCGGCUGCGGGCCCUUUGCACAACGUGCUGCGGGGCAUCAGUGGCCCCAUGCGCAGAGCUUACAGCCCAGUCGAUUUCUUAGAGUCCGCGAUGCCAUUCGCCCCUGCAGCUGUGAUAUCUCGACAAGGAAAGCCUCACUCGUGCUCAGCACCCUUCGUGGUAUUAUUUGUUUGCAUUCUUUGGCAAGUGGUGAAAGCAAUCAUGGUGGACAAGGAAACGGGAUUCAAAAACAUGCUCAAAAUUUUGGGAAUAUCCGACAAGAUUUUGUGGCUGUCUUGGUAUCUCUUCUUCAUUCUCUACAACGUGCCGGCCCUUUCGGUGGUGGCUGUGCUAUCUAGGCAUUUCGCCUUCACCGUGAGUGACAUCUGGUUUAUUGUGGCGCUAUUGUCGUUGGCAUUGUUGGCAUCCAUUGCCUUCGCCUUGGUAGUCACCGCCGUUUUCACAGACGGAAACCUUGCAGCAAUGGCGGCUUGCGCCUGGUAUAUCCUUAUUUGGGUCCCCAUUGUUUGUCAACGGUUCGGCAGUGCAGCAUGGGACCCUCGUUUGCAGUGGUCCAUCAUGGUUGCCUGCCCUGCAGCGGCACUUGGCGUGGGAAUUGAUAUUGCUUGGAUUUUCAACGAACCCUACAUUGGAGGCAUCCGCAGGAGCACUGCUAACUUCCCUUCUCUCGGCAUCACGUUGGCGGACACGUACAUGGCUCUGGGCUUGAGCACUGUUCUCUUCACUCUCCUAGGAGCCUACCUGCACAAAGUAUUGCCAACAUCCAACGGGAGCCCAGAACAUCCGCUUUUCUUCCUGGCCCCCAUUGUAUCCUGCGCGCGUCGCUGGCUUUGCUUUUCUUGUUGCCGUCCACACGGAAGAUCACGCCAUGGGUUACCGCGUGGUCCUGAGGGCAUUCAUAGAGCUUACGAUGAUACGUUCAGCAUAAAAAGCAGAGGAAGCGAUGAAGACAGCAAGCUUCUCCUUGACGUUCGGGGAGUAUGCAAGAACUUCCGUACUUGGAGGACUCGAAAGUGCGCCAGCGGAUCAGUUCAGGCAGUCAAAGGCGUCUCAUUUUCAGUCUACCGUGAUGAGAUAUUUGGACUCCUCGGUCAAAACGGAGCUGGAAAGUCCACUUUGAUUUCCGUCAUAACGGGCUCUCUGGCUGCGACCAGCGGAGAUGUCACCAUUGGGGGAGUGUCAGUGCGGCACCACCCGUCCCACGCGCGGUGCAGCAUUGGGUACUGCCCCCAGUUCGAUGUGCUGUUGCCCUAUUUGACGAUUGAAGAGACACUGUGGCUCUACGCAGCACUUCGCGGGAUUCCUAGGGGUCGCCGAAAAGAAGAAGUGGCGGAGCUAAUAAUGAUGAUGAGGCUCUCGGAAAUGGCCAAAGUCCAAGUGGGAACUCUCAGUGGUGGCUGGAGAAGACGCGUGAGCAGUUCAGUUGCCUUCCUCGGCAACCCAACUGUUGUUUUUCUCGACGAGCCCACGGCGGGCAUGGAUAUUCUUUACCGGAGAACAUUUUGGGACUCAGUGAGAGGCCUGAGCAAAGGCCGCUGCAUUGUGCUCAUCACCCACAUGAUGGAAGAGGCAGAUUACUUAUGCGACCGCUUGGCCAUAAUGGUUGACGGAGUGCUUGCAUCGGAGGGGACGGCACUGGCACUUAAAUCGCGAUUUGGAAGCGGCUAUAUCAUAUCAAUCAUAUUCCAAAAGAAAGACGAGCGCGAGGAACAGCAGGCAAAGAAGAGGCUUAAACAGCUGCUGCAGACAUUUGAAUAUCCUCCUGCCAUCAAGGAGGUGUCAAGGCACGAGCUUCGCAUCAUUUCACCAUUCUGCCACUCCUUUCAGCUUCCACUUCUCUUUUCUGAGCUGGAAAACCGGGGUGCCCUCUACGGAGUUGAGAGCACUGUUCUUGGGUUUGCCUCCUUAGAAGAAGUGUUCCUUAAUGUUGUCCGAAUCGCCACGCAAAGGCGUUCACCGGAUCUGCAACACAAGAAAUGCAACAGGAGCAGAGGCUCCAUUCGAGACGCGAGUAAUAAUGGAAAUGCUGCAGUGGAGGCUUCUUUGCCGAGACCAAAAGAGCCGGAAGGUUCAGUGCUUUCCGCUGCAGCAGCUACGCUUCCUCCUAGGAACCAAGAGGGAAAUAUUCCCGGCCGCUCCCUCAAUGAAGCAUCCAGGGAGCCUCAACCAAACCCGCCAAUCACCAUGCAGCAGGAAUUGGGUAAAGAGGAAAGCCAGAAAGAGGGUUGGAGCCUAAGGAGCUCGUCUUCAGCAGACUACGCCUCAGACAAUACACUUCAGACCAGACACUCGAACUGGCUGUCUGCAUAUCAAGCCAACAAAGGCUCUAGACGAGGCCUCCUAUGGCAACUUGUAGUCUUACGUGCAUUAAUAACCAAAAGACUUCGUCUACUUUAUCGCGACUGGGCUCUCGUAACGGUUUCGUUCCUCAUUCCACUUAUCCUGAUGGGUCUAACGCUUUACCUGCGAGCCGAGAAGUCGGAGCCUCGCGUUCCCAUCUCGGGUCAGCAACUUUUCGAAUACCGACUGCCCAAGAGCAUUCACUCAGAAGUGCCCUACGGAGGUUCCGGCUGGGCAGUCGAAGCUCUUGACCAGUGCUACUCACCCUACAUGACCCACCAAAACGUUUCCAAAAAGGCCAAAUCCAAUGACGGCAUGUAUGCACUUCUCCUCGACGAGUACUAUGGGUCUCACCCAAUGCGCUUCGGCGCCUACGUGGUGCCUGGAGGCCAACCAGACAUAAGCGAUGCAACAAGCCAGUUGGAAGUUACCAUCUGGCAUAACUCCACUCUGCGGGACACGUUGCCGUUGCACUAUAGCCAUUUUCUGAAUUGCAUAGCGCAACAGCGCACAGGAGUGGUGGAUGCCGUCUUCAUUAGCAAUCAGCCGUUUGAAGACAACGACGACAAGGCUUUGGAUGGCAUCGUCGUGGCCUUCUUCACAAUUAUUGCGUAUUCCUUUGUGGCGGCCGGAGUGGGUAAGGUCUGCAUAGUGGAGAGAGUGCGAAAGGUGCGCCACCAGCAGAUUCUGGCCCGUGUCACUCCUUUUCAGUACUGGAUAUCCAGCUACAUUGUUGACAUCAUCCUCCUCAUACUGCCCUGCUCAAUCAUCUUCGGAAUGAUACUUUGGAUCGAUGUUACACCCCUCGUUGGGCCUCAUCAGCGCGGAGCGUUCCUUCUUGGCUCUCUAUUGUUCUGCUUAUCCGUUUGUCCCUUGGGCUAUGCGAUAUCUAUGGGUGUCGACUCGCCUAUGACUUUUGUCAUUGUGAUGUUGCUGCUGGGGUGGUCCUUGCCUUCUAUUCAAGCCCUCUUCACCGAAGUCAGCGGACUUCAGGGGAUGUACAGCAAAUACCUGCGAUACAUAUUCAUGCUGAUUCCCCAUGCUGCGCUGUGUGAGCUGUUGGGUAACUUGGCGGUGAUGAAUCAGCUGACUGGCAGUUCCAUAAAACCCGCGGAGUUGGUGAAUUGGAUGGAGUUCGGAAAGACCGGCUGCCCGCUGCUUUACCUGGGCACCACAAUAUUGCUCAACUGGGCGAUCUGCAUAGCUGUUGACUGUGCCAUUAACUACCCCAUGUCCAAAGCCAGGGCCCAGGCCACCCUGCACAAGCUGCUGCACGCACUUAUCCGCCCUGUCACUGUUAGGGUCUCUGAAAUAUGCAAUUUCUGCCUUCGCCGGCGUAGCCGCAUUACAAACAGUGAAGGCCUCACAGCGGUGGGCAGGCAGGACAGGCGAUGCAACUCCCACUUCAGCGGCCUAGAGGUGAAGGGAGCAGCGAAUUUCAUCACAGGAAAAGUGAACAACAGAGCUCUAUGUCUUCAUGUCAAGGACGAAGAGGCGAGAGCAGCCGCGGCAGUCAACCGACUGCGGCAGCGUUCGCGAGUUGACAAACUUCGGGUGUCUGCAGAUCAUCCAUCCAGCAUUGGAGAUAUUGGUGAUAGUUCGCCUGCAGACAACAAUAUGUUUUCUCCGGAUGCUGCUGCUUUGAGAAAGGAAGAAUCCGAGCUGCCUCUCGUUGUAUACAAGCUUGAAAAGACCUAUCCUGCACCCCUGAUAAAGCGUUGCAUGGGAUGCUGCUGCCCCCAAGUUUGUCUCUGGCACCGACCGCUGUGUCGCUGCUGCAAACGUGCACAGCCAACUCGAGCCCUUGAAGGGGUUUCUUUCUGCGUCCCCAGAGGGAGCUGCUUUGCCUACAUUGGUGUGAACGGAUCUGGAAAGUCGACUACUUUCAAUAUUUUGAGCAGUCUGAUGUGUCAGUCUGGUGGAUCUGUCUUUAUUGGGGGUUGGGAUACAUUGGUGCACACGAAGAAGGCGCGCGAGAAGCUACACUACUGCCCACAAGCCGAUGCCUUACUGCCCACACUGACUGGAGCUGAGCAUGUCUACCUGUACGGCUUUUUGUUGGGCCUGAGCGGCUCUCGUCUUCGUCGUUUUUGCUCGGAUUUCUUCGAUGCGAUUGGCUGCAAGAAGCACAUGCACAGUUUAGUCAAGUCCUAUUCAGGAGGCACAAAGCGGAAACUGAGUCUGGGCAUCGCCAUGCUAGGAGAAGUAGACUUGCUGCUUCUAGACGAGCCCACUUGUGGAGUGGAUCCGGAAAGCCGACAGGUGCUGUGGAGGAUGAUUGAGGACGCCAAGAAUAGCCAACUCACUGGCAAGGCAGUGGUUUUAACUUCCCAUUCCAUGGAGGAAUGCGAGGUUUUGAGCGACCGGCUGGGCAUCAUUCACAGGGGCAAAAUGAUAUGUCUGGGCACCUCUGCUGAGCUAAGGUCGCACUACGGCCACGGCUACCAGAUUGAAUGCGUAUUCGAGGCAGCAGCAGUUGCAAGAGACCAUUCACUGCCCCGCCGCUUUGUCAGUACACUCCAGAAAGCUCUGCCCGCACUCCAAGUGCUACACCGCAUGGCUUACAAAGUCACUGCCUCCAUCGUGAAGGGGGAUGCGUCUCUUGCUACAAUAUUCCGCGAAGUUGAAGCAGUCAAGGCUCAUUUCGCUGUGGAGGCCUACAUGGUCUCUGAGACCACUCUGGAAGAAGUUUUCGUUGAAGUCAGCCAACGCGCUGACCGGGGCGCAAUGGGCGCGUGA